AUGACGGGAAUGAGAUCAUCAGGAUCUAGAUCCGGAUUUGGAAAUGGACCAUUGUUAUUGAUCUUAGUUCUAUGUAUUAUCGGACAAUUGGAUUUGGUAUCUGCCAAUGAACACUCGUCAUCGAGGUUGGAAAGAAGGUCGAAUCAUACAAGAGGUAAAAGACAGAGUUGGAUUGUAGAAGAGAUUGAUGAUGUGGAUAAUCAGUGGAGGAAUAGGGAGAGGAUCAAAAAGCAUCUAGAUCUCGAUUUAGAUGCCGAUGUGGGAUUACUGGAUGGUUUAUUUGAUCUUGCAGCUUCACCAUCAAGUGUAUCGACUACGUCUACUAUCGAAUCGUCAUCGGCAGUUACUACUUCGUCAACGUCGUCGACAUCGUCGGUGGAAGGAUCUGCCAAAUCAACUUUGGCUUUUACCACUUCCACUAUAGAGUCCACUUCAACUUCCACUUCCACUUCGACUGUCGAACCAACAUCAACAUCAAGCUCAACUUCUUCAAUUGAAUCUACCUCUACUUCAUCAGCGGAAUCAACAUCCAGUAUCACCACUGAAGCUGCUUCCACCUCUACUUCAACAUCAAUAUCGGAAGCUUCAACGACUACAAUCGAUGCAGUUGGUAACACUAUCAUAAGUAAGUCCAAGUUCAAGCUCAAGCUCAAGUAUAAUCUCAAUUUUCAAGUACCUUCUUUAUUCAAACUUAAUGUUACUUCUACUUCGAUCUUAAAUUUUCAAUUUCAUCGUUAUUUUCUUUCUUGUUCAAUUUCAUCAUCUCAUUUUCGAAAUUUUCAUGAUGGACAAUGGCGAUGGCGUUCGCCUAUAAUAUUCGCAAGUGCAAAGACAUCGCCUCCAACUCACUUAAGACACACAUCAAGAUCAAGAUUAAGAUCAAGAAAUCCUCAUUUCGCAAAUGGACACAAAUGGACACAAAUACCGACAUCUUCUACCUGGUCCACUGAAGCAUCAAUCAGCGUGACACCGACAUCCGCUUCGCUUUCCCAAUCCAUCAUGGAAUCGGCAUCUUCAUGGAGCGAUCCCGCUACAAUCACUUCCAGUUCAGCAUGGGAAACAAGUACCUCCACUUGGUCAUCUGAUAAUCCAGUAGUAUCAUCUUCCGCUGAGUCUGUCCCUCCCUGGUCUGAUUCCUCAGUACAAACCUCGUCUUCAACAAGGAGUGAAUCUAGUACCUCUCCAACCACUGCUCAAUGGGAUUCGACAACUUCGUCAUCGACCCUAACUCCAGUCAAACCUCCUUCAACCUGGAUGGACCCGUCAAUACCUUCUGACACGUCGACUCUCUCAUCGGUGUCGUCAACGAGUGACUUUUCAACGCCCACCACUGAAAACACAGAAACGGUGGAAUCUUCCUCGACCUCACUUAAUUCGAAACCGAGCUCAACGGCCACGUCGGCUGCUUCAUCUUCUUCGCCCAACGCAACGUCGCUCGUCGAAAAUUUAUCAACGUCUACAAUCUCAGUGGCGUGGAUUUCUAGCUCAGCUGCGAGUUCAUCUACUUGGUCGGACAGCAUAUUAGCUACGACGCUCACGAAUCCAGAUGGGCAUGUUACAACUUCUGUUUACAAUGUCUCGACAUCAUCUCCCUCUUCUUUGCCAGAUCCCACAUCUCAGCCAUCAGAGAUUUGGUCAGCUUCCGCUACCGAUUCCUCAUUGCAAAAUAUUUCGACUUCCGGGUUGAGCGUUACGAAGACGUCAUCGUAUCUUGAGGUGACGACCGCUUCCACCUCAAUCUCUGAGUGGGUUUCUUCAACCACUUCCAGUGUUGUCACUACCGUGCCUGAUGGGCAGGCGACAAGCUCAACAUUGGUCUCACCUUCAGUUACAUCUACCUUGGACUUACCUUCUACCUCAACCCAAUCGACAGCAUGGUUCAAUACUAGCAUUGCAAGGUUUGGAAUCAGUACGACCAUUGCAAAAUCUACUUCAUCAUGGGCGUCUUGGAAUGAAUCGACGCCAUUUUCAUCUUUUGGAAACUGGUCAUCAGUGUCAGGAUCUUCCACUCCCGCCAUCACUGCUCUUGGUGUGUCUAAUGAGCUCACUUCAUCUCCGUGGGAUCAAACAAUCAACGGAUCCGAUACGGUCUCUCCUGCAUCGUCACCUUGGCUGAUUGCAAAUAGUUCUGCAAGCUGGAAUUUCUCUUCAACUUGGACACCUUCUUUGACUUCUACUUUCGCUUUUGUUGCCACUUCUUCUCGUAUUUCUAUACUUGAACCUUCAUUUUCUUUGACGAGUUCUAUUACCUUCUCUCCCUCAAACCUCACGCCUUCAAGUGUUUCGUCUUUCAAAACUCUACCUUCAAUACCCUUGUCCUCAACUUUCGCAAUUCCUUCUACCACAAUGUCAAGUUCUUCAAUUACUGAUUCAAGCGCGAUUCUGCUCGCUCCCGCUUUCGUUGAAACCUCAAUAGCUAACACUGCAACCUCCAUUUCGAUAGCUUCGGAAACAGAACCAGCUACUUCCACAAUUGCGACUUCUUCACCGGAUAGUGCCACCGCAGCCGCUACUUCCGAAACGCCUCUUAUCAGUGUUGGAGCUAGUACUGCAGCUUCGGUCGGUACGAGCGACACCCUGUCGGCGGCUACCACGACUCAACCUGCUGCUGAAGCCAUACCCUCGACUACAUCCAGUGAAGAACCGGAUUCCAGCGAGGUAGCAACCUCCUCUCAAUUGUCAUCAAAUGAAGCUGCCACUACCAGUGAUGCUCCAUCUACUUCAGCUGCGGAAACAUCAAGUUCAUCACCGGCUGAAACUUCUGCUGCCACUUCAGAGCUUUCCCAACCCCCCACUAUCACUGAUGCUACCACCACAGCCGACCUGACCAGCACAACGCCUUCUGUCGAGACUUCGCCUGUCACCUCAGAGGUGGGAUCAUCAGCCACAAGCACCACGGAACCAAGCUUCUUACCGGUCACCAGUACAAGCGAGGAAUCAGCUCAAUUCACCUCGAACGCUUCCUCGCUCGCCACUGAAACCGAAUCUUCUCUCACGGAACCUACUUCAUCGCCUUCACUUACAACGGAUGUUGAGAGUUCGUCUGCCCCCUUCACUUCAGUCGCUUCAUCCGCAUUCGAAUCUGAUGAGCCCACCACUUCAUCAACCCCGACCACCUCGGAGUCGCUCGGUAAUGGAACACCCACCACCCUGACGCAAGAGUCGACCACCACCAUCAAUGGCUCCGAUGCAGCCACAUCCUCCGGAGUAUCAGCUACUGCCACUGCUAAUGCUUCUGAUGAGGUCUCUAGUUCAACUUCCGGCAAUGAGACAUCGGCCACUGAUUCGGUUUCCGCUAUCCCAUCGGAUGCGAUCAGUAGUAUUUAUACCGCUACUUCGACUCCUUCGGUCAACGGGACUGGUGUCAGCACUUUCGUACCUACCUCAACGGAAUCCGAAUGGAGUUCAGCAUCUGUCACUGCUUCAUCGACAUCAUCCUAUAAUGUCACCAGCACGACAGAUGAAGCUUACACCCCAACGCAGACCUGGUUGAUUGGUUACACUCAGGCGUCAUCGACUGAAGAGUGGACUAGCGAGUCUACUUCUGAUACCCCUACUACCACUGGUACCAAAACCACUGCCACCACCAGUACCCCUUCAGUCGCUACCAUUCCUAGCAGUAUGCCAACGUUGAUCGUUCCUGCCAACUCGGUUGCGAAUGAUGCUACCGCUGGCUCGGGCGGAGAGGACGAUCCUAUCCAGGACAAGACCUUGAUUGCGAUCUUGCUCUCGGCAGAUUACUAUCCUUGGUGGUUUGUAGUCAACUCGUCUGAUGCUACAUCUCAGUUGCUCAACACUUUCCCUACUUUGAUCAGCAAUGCGCUUGAGAUCGAUACGUCCGACGUCAAGACUUAUGGUCUUCAAGUAUACCAACCUGCCGCCUGGGAUGGAGAUAAAACUUCGCUCCUCACUCAAUACAUGUCAUACAUCCCAACCAAAUAUUUCGAUACGCUCAACGCCUAUAUUAAGACCUCUUCUUCACCUCUCUACAACCAGACGGGUAUAGAAGGUGCUUUGGCUGCUCAGAUCAACACUGCUUUCCCACUUGCUGCAUCCUCUGAGACCGCUCCUCAGUCGUCGUCGACUACCAGCGGAUCGUCGGAUAGUAAUAGGAAACGAAACAUCAUCAUUGGAGUCUGUGUUUCCAUCGGAGGUAUUUUGUGGAUAGGAUUGGUAUAUUGGAUCUACAAGAGAGUCAAGAAGUCAAAUGAUAAAGCGGUUCACAAGAGAUUAUCCGAGCAUAUGUCGAUGUUUGGUGAUCAUCGACCUAUGUCUGAGGUAUACGCUCAAUCCAAUUGGAACGGCAAUUCAAGGAGGGUAUCGAUGGCACCUUCCAUCGCUGCUAGUGAGGUUGAUGAUCGACCCAGUUCUUUCUACGCCUCACCAUUUGAGAACGACCGAUCGAUGAGGGAACAGCAAAGACUUGAAAGAGAGAGUUACGGUGCAUCUUCGUCCAAUUAUUCCGGCUCGGGAGAUUCGAGAUCACCCACGAAUCCAAAUUAUGGUCCUUCCGUAUUUGGUACUUCAUGGUUCCAAAAUCCCCACCAACAGGGUCAAUCACAAGGUAGAUCGAGAAUAUCUCAGAAUCCAUUUGAGGACAUUGCCACCAGAUCUUAUCUUGGUACAUCCACUUCGAAUAUGAACCUGAAUUAUAACAAUCAACCUCAUUCUCCGACUACUUUGAAUAGUUCGAUUGGGAGUCAACAAGGAGCGAAGAGGAGAAGUGCAGUGGGUAAACCUGUAUCGAAAGCUUUGAUCUCUAAUCCUACUCUGCAAGCGAAUUCGUUGGAAUUCAGAGACUAUGGUACAUUACGUGAAUAG